GUUGUAUAAGCAGACGAUGUGUGGAUGUGGUGUGAUUAGUGAUGUCAUUUGUUUUGAUAUUGUCAGGUGUAUACAAAUUCUAUCAUAAAAGACAGACAGAAAUUGGAACGUAGCUAUUUCCAGAAACUUUGUUCCAAAUGUUACCAAUUUUUCUGUAAACUUUUACCACCUGUCUACUGUAUCACAUGUUUCUGCAAUAUUAAUUUUUCUUUGUACAAAGUGCUGUAAUGGCUAAUGUUCUCAAGAUUAUUAGUGUAACAAAUAUAAAUGGCCUGCCAAUGCACCUGGGAGUUAUAACAGUUCAGAAGCCCGUUUUGCAUUGUCCAACAUAUUCUGUAUUGAAGACUGUCAACCGUAACUUCAAAAAUUCUGGAGACAAAGAGGAUUACUCGAAAUAUUUCACAAUUUUAGAAAUAUCAAGCCACUGUGAUCAAGAACAGGUACGUCAAGCCUUCCUGACUAUGGUGAAGAGAUUUCAUCCUGAUAGUGGUUCUCCAGAAGCAAAUGCAGACAAAUUUCAUCUGAUUGAGGAAGCAUACCGUAAACUGCAGAAUAAGUUUGCGAGUGAUCGAUGGAGAGCAAAUGAAGGAGCCGGUGAAUACGGGCUGUAUUACCAAGAAAAAACAGAAAUAGAGGAGUUUGACAUCAAGCAUACAGCACCGCAACACAGACAGUAUUUAUCUUAUGGAGGCUAUGGCAUGGGAACACCGCAGCAAAGAGAGAAACAGUUUCAGAAGUACCGAGCACAGAAAGCUAUUGAAAACGUUCACAAUCACAGAAUUUCUAAUAUAUCUCAAGGGAAAGAAGAGGGUCUUAUUCAUAAAGAUAAACGUGAAGCUCAAAAGAUUAAGCUGAGAUCUGAAAUGGACAGACUUGUGGAAGAUUUAAUCCAAGAAUCAAUGUCACGAGGUGAAUUUGAUAACUUGGCUGGAACAGGGAAGCCCCUGAAGCACCAAGCGAGCAAUCCAUAUGUUGAUUUUGUUACUCAUAAAAUGAAUCAGGUACUCAUCGACAAUGGUUUCACUCCUGAAUGGAUAACGCUGCAGAAAGAAAUUUCAGAAGAUACAAAACAUCUUCGUGAAAGUCUUGCGAGGUACAGAACUGAACUUGGACAUUUACCGCUGGACAAUGAUGAUAAUAAUAAUUGGAAUGAAGUUUUGGUUAAACAUGAAGACAUGGUUAAAAAGCUCAAUGCAAAGAUAGAUAAAUAUAAUCUUCUUGUUCCACUCCUGGAGAAACAGAAAUUGCACAUUUUAUUAAAGCGAGAAUCAGAAAAUAUUCUAAAAAGUGGAAAGACCCGGUAUGAUGUUAGAAAUCAGAUGCACGUUCCAAGAAUUAAGGUUGGAGAAGACCACCGAUCUGACUUUCUUAGUAUCUUUGGUUCCUUCUACCUGUGGUAGAUUGACAUGUGUGCAUGCAGGUGCAGACUGUUACUAGUAUAUAAUAUUAGUUGGACUGCCUCACAUGUAAUGUUAAAUAAAACUGAGACAGUAAAAUGUGUAAAUACAAACAGCACUGCUGAUAACAGAGCCUACUAUUUCAAUAAAGAGCUCCAUAGUUUUAGCUGCUGUUUAUUUUAGUAAUUUAGGCAACAUACUGUAGUUGUUAUUAUGGCCUGGAAUUAUCAAGUUGGACAUGUAACACAAGAUGACUUCCAUUCUGGUCAAAAUUCAAAUAAACUUGAUAAUUAAAAAAAAAAAUCUAGCCUCCAUAUUUCAAGUUGUCAUCAACAGAGGGCAUGGCAAAUGUAAUGCCUGGUCGCUGCCUCGAGGAUCCUACAUCUUAUGUUUAAGCAA